AUGGCAAAAGUUUACAAGGUUAUCAAUGACCCUUUAAAACCUGCAACAGAAGCUUCUGAUACGUCGUGUUUACCAGUAGAUUGGAACAAGUGUAUUUUGUGUCAGACAGACACAUCUGAAAUCCUGUAUCGUCCGGCUGAUUCUAAGCGUAUCACGAAAGGAGCAGGUUAUAAGACUGUGGGAGAAAAUCUUCAAGCUUUUGAGAAAAUUGGUUCUUUGCCUAAAACAAUAAAUCUGUGCCGAUUAAAUGAAGGAGAAGGAAUCGAAGCGAGUUUCCAGCAACAUAAAGCCAAAUGGCAUGACUCGUGUAGACUGAAGUUCAACAAGACAAAACUCCAACGGACAGAAAAGAGAAAAGCAGUUCCAGAUGAUAGUUCAAGUUCAAAAAGCGGAAGAAAAUACACGCGUAGAAGCCUUGAAAAGUUACCAAACCCUAUUCAUCAAUGCUUCUUCUGUGGUAAGCAAGCUGAAGGUGAAGACUCUUUGCACCGAGCAUCGACACUUGAGGUUGAUGCCCGAGUUCGUCACUGCGCUUUACAGUUACAGGACAAACCUCUAUUAGCCAAACUGAGUGCUGGAGACAUGGUAGCUCAAGAUGCUGAAUAUCAUGUCAAAUGCCUUGUUUCCCUCUAUAACAGAGCACGAGGAACCGAAACAUAUAGUGCAGAAAGUGAUGCGGAUGCCGUUAAUCACGGCAUUGCUUUUGCUGAACUUGUUUCUUAAAUAGAAGAUGCAAGAAUGGACAAUCUGGUAGCCCCAAUUUUCAAAUUGUCUGACCUAGUCAGUCUAUACAGCAACAGGCUUAAACAACUUGGAACAGAAGUAGCGGGACGCAUCCACUCAACUAAACUCAAGAUUAGAGUGUUGAGCUACUUUUCACACAUGGAAGCUCAUACCCACGGCCGUGAAGUUAUUCUGGCUUUCAACGGCGAUGUUGGUGCCGCACUGAGAAAAGCAUGUGAACAUGACGCUGAUGGGGAUGCUGUUCAUCUUGCUAGGGCUGCCACUAUAGUUAGAAGAGAUAUGUUCAGUAAGAAAAUGGAAUUCAAUGGCUCAUUCUCCACUACUUGCCAGGAACAGUCUGUGCCUAAUUCACUGCUAGCACUGGUUACUAUGGUACUUAAUGGACCAAAUAUCAAAUCACGUUCCUCCAAUGUGUCUCAGGCUACCCUUUCUAUGUCUCAGCUUCUUCUAUACAACAGCGUGAAGCGCUACAACGAAAAUGAUACAGAUAUUGUCCGACACAGCCAACAACGAGAAGCACCUCUACCAGUCUAUUUAGGUGUGAUGCUUCAUACAAAGACCAGGAAACGUGAACUUGUGGACGCUCUUUUUAAUCUUGGCUUGUGUAUAUCGUAUGACCGUGUAUUAAAAAUCUCCACUGAGCUGGGAAACAACAUUUGUUACUACUAUCAGCAGAAAAAAGGUUGUUUGUCCCCCUCGACUGAAAGGUGGUAUUUUCACCACCACUGCAGUAGACAACAUUGA